AUGGAAGAGGUUCAUGAAUUCGGGCUUAAUAAUGGCCAUGGCCAUUACUAUUCUUUUCCCUCUUCUUCCACCACCAAUGAUGAACAUACAAGUCAGGAGAAGUUUCAUCUUUUCGGCUGCCAGAAACUGAUUCAUAAGGCUUUCAGCGGUGGCAAACCUGCGGACGUUGUACUUCGAAGGAACAAGCAGAAGUCUGGAGGUUUGCUUGCUGGUUCAAUUGUUAUAUGGCUUCUUACCAUUGAUAGGUCGAGGUUAUACGAAUCUUUUUUCUUCAUUUUGUCCUGUUCAUUGUUACAUGGUUCUAUGGUUAGGUCGGCUUUGAACUUUCCACAGAUUGUAUUACCAGGUGACUUGUGCACGAAUAUUGCACUCUUAUUGAGGAAUAGAUGUAACCAGGCGGUUUUCGGCUUGUGGGUUGCGUCUACAGUCACCAGUCGGCAGCUGGUUCGACUUCUUGACCCUAGUAUACAUCAGCGAGUAUUCUUCCUGUCAACCCUCAUUCGAGACGAGAUCUUUUAG